CUGCCGCGUCGUACUUUGCUCGAUGCAAUUUCAAGAAGAUUGUCAUCUAUGAAAGAAACUCGACUUUGGGAGAAUCUUGACUUUGAAAUUUCAUUGGUCACUGCAUAUCCAAACGUCGAAGUCAAAGUGAACGCCGACGUGAAGAGUGAAGAUAUCAAUAAUUUGAGGAAACAAUACAACUACGUCUUUGUCUGCUGUGGAAGACAAAGCCCAUACACUUUCGACAAGGCUCCACUGGCUCGCGAGUUCUUGAAUGGAAUGGCUGAUGGCACUUUCGAUGUGAAAGGAAAGACCGUAGCCAUUUUAGGGUCUGGGGAUGUCACCGUAGAUUGUGCGUUAGCUGCACAAGAUCAUGGAGCCAAACAAGUCUUAAUGGUGAUGAGAGAAGACAUCAGAACUGCUACAUGCCACAAGAAACAAAUGAUUGAAGUCAUUGAGAGGAACAUUGAAAUCAUUCCUAAGGUAUUACCACAGAGACUCGAUGCUAAGGGUGUCAUUUGUAAAGACUUGUACGAUCCAAACCAAUCUGAAAGACUUAUUCCAGCUGAUCUUGUUAUCUGCGCCUUUGGCUUUGGACUUGUGAACAACUUUGUCGAAGGAACUGCUGAUGAGAAAGGACUUGUGAGCAAAGGAAAAGAUGGUGAAGCUGAUUUGUACAUUGGAGGAGAUUUCAGAAGAUCAUUCUCCAUUGUAGAAGCCGUUCAUGAUGCUGAGGUAGUUGUUGCUGAAAUUCUUAAAGAGAAUGAUGGUGUCAAGAGAAUACCAAAGUUCCAUACUCCCGUUGAAGAUGUUGAUAUAUCAGUUGUAUGUGAUGGAAUUAAAUAUGAAAAUCCAUUUGGUAUUUCAUCUGCACCAGUCUCUGGGACUUAUGAUCAUUUGAAGAGAUGUUUUGAGGCUGGCUUUGGGUUUGCUUUGACUAAGACAUAUCCAUUGGAGAAAGAUAUUCAGAAGAACAAUCACAUUCGAAUUGUUAAGGUGUAUGAUUCCCAAGAAUCCACAUCAUACAAUAACAUUGUUAUGAUCUCAGAACACUCGCAUCACUAUUGGCUCGAUUCAAUUAAAAAGCUCAAACAAGAGUUCCCAAAUAAAAUCGUCAUUGCUUCUAUUAUGUGUAUGGACAACAAAGAAGACUGGCAGUCACUCGCUAAGAUGACGGAAGAAGCCGGCGCUGAUGCGUUGGAAUUGAACUUCUCGUGCCCGAACGAGUGUCAUGGCAAUGAUGGAAAGGAAGGAGGAUGUACCGGUGGGUUUAAGUCACACAAUGCCAUGGCUAUGGCCAUUGGUGUUUCUCCCUCUGCUAUUGAGAGAUGCACGAGAUAUGUUGUCGACGCAGUUAAGAUCCCAGUGUACCCAAAGUUAACUCCAAAUGUCCAAAACAUCGAAGAGCUUGCUGCCGCUGCUAUGAGAGGAGGUGCUACUGGUGUUUCAACGAUUAAUACAGUCUUUGGAAUCUCAGAGAUCACCAUGUCAGGACAUCCAUGGCCACAAGUGGGUGUUAACCAGAACACCAUUUCUGGAGGACUUUCUGGUGAUAUGGUCAGACCAAUUGCCAUUAGACAAAUUGCACAAGUCCUCAGACACAACGAGAACAUUAGAGGCCACUUGCUUGGUAUUGGUGGAGUGAGAUCUGCACAGACAGCAAUGCAAUUGAUUUACACAGGUGCCUCAGUCAUCCAGAUGUGCUCGUCUAUUCAGAAGUGGUCGUAUGACAUUGUUGAUGAAAUCAUCUCAGGAACGAAGUUCUUGUUGUACUGCUGGUCUCGACCGGAUUUGAGAGGGUACUUGAAUUCACAAGGAGUUGAGAGAUUUAUGCCACAAGGGGAGAAGACUAUGUACUGGAAAUUGGACUGCAAACAAGACAGAAAGGUUCCAACUGUUGCUGAGGUGACUGGUAUUGCUUUGAAACAUAUCGGAGAAAGAAAAAUCCUCGAAGGCCCAGAGAAGUGGAGAGUGUGUGCUCAUAUUGAAGAGAACUGUAUUGGAUGCGGAUCGUGCGCUUUGUCAUGCAGAGACAACUCGACCACAGCUAUUAAGAAGAAUGGACAGAAGUACAUUGUUGACGAAGAAAAGUGUAUUGGGUGCAGUCUUUGUGCAUCAGUAUGUCCAGUCAAUGCAAUUCAAUAUCAAUCGAUCAAGGGUCUCGAUUUGUUAACACCAGAAGAACUCGCAAAGGUGCCCACUGCUUUCUAA